UGGGGGGGGUUGCUUUCCCUUUUCCAUGUUUUUUGAUGGAAAAGUGGUUCAGAGGAAGAGAGGUGCUUUCCUCACCUGUCCCCAUCCCUCUGCUGUCAAAUAGACACAAUUUUCUUUUUCUAGUGUCCUGUCCCAUUGCUUUUAGUGUGGUUUAAUUGUCCUUAAUUGCCUUUUAAUUGCCCUUCAUGCCCUUUUAAAUUAAUUCCUCUCCUACCCUUUUAACUUCAGGGAAGGAAAGAGCCUGGCUCUUGUGGGACUAUCUUCACUCUCAUUUCUCCUCGUUCUUGAUCCAUUUUUGCCCCCAAACCUGGUGUUCUUGGCUGGCGGAGCCAUGGCACUGCUGUGUUUGGCAGGUGUCAGCUUUGUUAGCAGCACUUUCUUGGGCAGGGAGGGGGUGAGUCCCUCGGGUGACUAAUCCCUGCAGACACUGAUGGGCAGGCUCUCACUGGGACAUCAUCCAACCUGGCCCAGGUGUGCAUUUCCCCUUGGUUGGCACAUACCGCACUGAGACGUGGCUGGCGGAUCCGGGAGGAGCUCGCUUAAGAGGUGACAAAGCCAAGUGCAGCUCUGAGCCUGGCUUGCAGCAGAUUCACCCUGGCAGCAAAGCCUCCCCUGUACCCCAAAGCCUCUCCCACCUGGAGCCAGAGGUUUCCGAGGAGGACAAAAGUGGCCCCACAUCCCUGGGCAGUGUUUGUGUGGGCACUGAGCUCGUGGCACCUCUUUUCUCCAGGCCAGGAUGGGUGACUCCAAGGUGUUAGAGAUUCCCCAAGUGACCAGCCGCAAUGAGAGCUCCGGCCCCUGCCUGAUCCCUUUGCUGCUGAUAAAAAUGAUCAACAAGUCUCGAGGGAAGAUACUCGGGGUGCUGGCUCUGUUUCUGGUGAUGGUUUGGUACUCGAUCUACCGGGAAGACAGGUACACACAGCUCUUUUAUUUCCCUGUGCAAGAAAACAACAAGACAACGUGUCCCCUUGGGGAGGUGGAAAAGAAAGCGGCGCAGCUCAUCGGGAACUACACGAGGGACCACCCACUGUUCUUGCAGCUGAAGGACUAUUUUUGGGUGAAGACGCCGUCGCUCUACGAGCUGCCCUACGGCACCAAGGGAAGUGAAGAUGUCCUCCUGCACCUGCUGUCCAUCACCCAUCACUCCCUGCCUGAGAGCAUCCAGAGCCUGAAGUGCCGGAGGUGUGCUGUGGUGGGCAACGGCCCCCGGCUCCGCAACAGCUCCAUAGGGGACACCAUCAACACCUACGAUGUGGUGAUCAGGCUGAACAACGCCCCGGUCCAUGGCUACGAGCAGGACGUGGGCACCAAGACCACCAUGCGCCUCUUCUACCCCGAGUCAGCCCACUUCGACCCCCGGGCCGAGAACAACCCCGACACGCUGCUGGUGCUCGUGCCCUUCAAGCCCUCGGACUUCCAGUGGAUGGAGGCCAUCCUUAACGACAAGAAGAGGGUUCGGAAGGGGUUUUGGAAGCAGCCCCCGUUGAUCUGGGACGCCAGGCCGGAGCAAGUGCGUGUCCUCAAUCCCUACUACAUGGAAGUAACUGCUGCUAAACUGCUCAACCUCCCCAUGAAGCAACCACGGAAGGUCAAACAGAAGCCCACCACAGGGCUGCUGGCCAUCACCCUGGCACUGCACUUCUGUGACCUGGUGCACAUCGCGGGCUUUGGCUACCCCGAUUCGGCCAACAAGAAGCAAACCAUCCACUACUACGAACAGAUCACACUCAAGUCCAUGGCUGGGUCGGAGCACAACGUGUCACACGAGGCCGUGGCCAUCAAGCGGAUGCUGGAGCUGGGACUCGUCAAGAACCUCACCUACUUCUGAGGAUGGCACAGGGACACGUCCCCCUCAGUGAGGGGACACUGUGCUGGCAUGGCCAGAGUGACCGAGGGCACAGCAUCCUUGUCACCACUGCCACCACCACGCCCUGGGACUCUUGGAGCGGGGCUGGGGCUGGGGGCCGCGCUGGACCGUGGGUGCCCAGGGUGGGGCAGCUCUGGGGUGCAGGGAGCCCGGCGGGGCCGUGGCACAGCGCCUUUUCUACUGACACACUGAAGCUACCGAGGACUUGGAGGGGGUUUUUGGGGUAGGGGGUCCUCCCUCCCAGCAGGCCUGAGGGGGUGAGUCAGGGCAGGAGCCCUUGCCCUGGACAUUCCCUUAAUUCCCUCAUACACUGACGAGAGCCCUGCUGAGGGGCUGAUUUUGGGGGUCCUGGCCACUCCCCACCCCAGGGAAUGGGAGCCUUUGGAGGCUAAUGUUGCCUCCUCCCUGCCCUGGACCUCCUCCCAAAUAUUUAAUUCCCCCCUUUUUUUUAAUUUCCUUUUUUACUUGGCAGCCCUGUCCUGUGCCUUAGCGCUGGCGUAGGGACUUGUCCCCACAGCCCCCCUGGGUGGGGGCACCCUGGGGUGCUUGGCUUUGGGGUCUGCCAGGGCCCUUUGGUGGUGCAGAUUAAUUUAAUUAAUUUAAAUGCUUA